AUGCUUCUGCGCAGUUUCUGUCUGGCUCUUCUCAUUCUUGCUACCGUCGUUUUGUGCCAGAAUGAACUAAAAGAGGAGAAGCGGCGAAUAGGUAUGACGAUUCUCAUCUUGUUGUUGCCCAUGAAUGACCACUUAGCAUUCAGGACUUCGCCUGCCAAACUUCCUCCGUUACAAAGACCCGGAGGCUCCGAUAGUUCAGAAACGAAGAAUCGGACUGCGAUUGCCGAACAUGCUGAAAUUUAAGGACGCGAGCAGCAUGUAUCAUUUGGAGAAGCGACGUAUGGGCAUGCGACUCCCCAACAUCAUUUUCUUGCGCAACGAAAAGAAGAACGUUCUUGAGUACUAA